CGUGGUCACCCCGGCCAGCAGAGACCAGGAGGGGUCGGUCGGUCCCUGACGGGACAGGGACGCAUCGGACAGCCUUCCGGUCAGAUCAACACCGCUGCCGGGUCACCAUGCGCGCCACCCUUCUUUGGUCGGCCCUGCUGCUGUCGGCGCUGCGCUCAGACGGAGCUCGGGCCUCCGACUGCGUCACAGGCGCUGAGGGCUCCUGCUUGCCUAACGGCGACCUGAGGGGCACUCUGCCACCACAGGGUGCUGCCGGCACUGGACAGGUCCCUGAGCAGCUUCCUGCACAGGCCCCAGAUGAAGCUGGGCAGCCCCCUGGGGAGCCCCCUGAGCAGCCCCCUGCACAGGCUCCUACUGGCACCGAACACCCUCCUGAGCAGCCCCCUGAGCAGCCUACUGCACAGGCCCCUGCUGGAACUGAGUGGCCCCCUGAGCAGCCCACUGAGCAGCCUACUGCACAGGCCCCUGCUGGAACUGAGCAGCCCCCUGAGCAGUCCCCUGAGCAGCCUACUGCACAGGCCCCUGCUGGAACUGAGCGGCCCCCUGAGCAGCCCACUGAGCAGCCUACUGCACAGGCCCCUGCUGGAACUGAGCAGCCCCCUGAGCAGCCCACUGAGCAGCCUACUGCACAGGCCCCUGCUGGAACUGAGCAGCCCCCUGAGCAGCCUACUGCACAGGCCCCUGCUGGAACUGAGCGGCCCCCUGAGCAGCUCCCUGAGCAGCCUACUGCACAGGCCCCUGCUGGAACUGAGCGGCCCCCUGAGCAGCCCACUGAGCAGCCUACUGCACAGGCCCCUGCUGGAACUGAGCGGCCCCCUGAGCAGCCCACUGAGCAGCCUACUGCACAGGCCCCUGCUGGAACUGAGCAAAUCCCUGAGCAACCUCUUGAGCAGCCCUCUGCACAGAUCCCUGCUGGCACUGAGCAGCCCCCUGAGCAGCCUACUGCACAAGCCCCUGCUGGCACUGAGCAGCCCCCUGAGCAGCCUACUGCACAGGCCCCUGCUGGCACUGAGCAGCCCCCUGAGCAGCCUACUGCACAGGCCCCUGCUGGAACUGAGCAGCCCCCUGAGCAACCUUUUGAGCAGCCCUCUGCACAGGCCCCUGCUGGCACUGAGCAGCCCCCUGAGCAGCCUACUGCACAGGCCCCUGUUGGCACUGAGCAGCCCCCUGAGCAGCCUCCUGUACAGGCCCCUGUUGGCACUGAGCAGCCCCCUGAGCAGCCUCCUGUACAGGCCCCUGUUGGCACUGAGCAGCCCCCUGAGCAGCCUCCUGUACAGGCCCCUGUUGGCACUGAGCAGCCCCCUGAGCAGCCUCCUGUACAGGCCCCUGUUGGCACUGAGCAGCCCCCUGAGCAGCCUCCUGUACAGGCCCCUGUUGGCACUGAGCAGCCUCCUGAGCAGCCUCCUGUACAGGCCCCUGUUGGCACUGAGCAGCCCCCUGAGCAGCCUCCUGUACAGGCCCCUGUUGGCACUGAGCAGCCCCCUGAGCAGCCUCCUGUACAGGCCCCUGUUGGCACUGAGCAGCCCCCUGAGCAGCCUCCUGUACAGGCCCCUGCUGGCACUGAGCAGCCACCUGAGCAGCCAUCCGCCACCACCAGUGACAGCCUGCAGAGCAGCUGCCGGCCGUUCGUGCUGUGCCCAGCGGCCCUGGCCGACACGGCCAGCACCGGCGACCUGAGCUGCCCGCUGGGCGACGGCUCGGCCGGCGUCAUCUGUCGCGACUUCGGCAUCAACCCGCUGGAACUGGCAACGCAUGCGUCCGGUCAUAGGACAGACGACCGGAGGAACACAUCACGGCCGCUCUCCAGCGACCAGAUCAUAAACGACUUGUUCAUAGUCGUCGGCGACGACAGCGAAUUGCUAGAGGCAUCCAAGCAAGCUGCACAACGCAUCCAAGAGCAAAAACUGCAAGGUAGCCAGACGGCGCCCAGAGACUCCCCUCUGGGUCUUUUCAGCCUCAACUCCGGCUCCAGGCAUGGGUUGCAUAAACUCGGCCUGCAGUGCCUGCAUCAUCAGCUGACGCUCCAAGCUAUAAGCGAGCAGGGUAAAAGCCACUUGCGGCUCGUCUCGAGCUUCAGCGGUGGGCAGACUGGCGCCAACGCCUCGGCAGCACAGCCCACACGCCUCGGGAACUGCACGGUGGAGAAGCCCAUCGUCUGCAAGGACAGUUUCUACCGCACAGCGAGCGGCGAGUGCAACAACCUGCAGCGCCCGCGCGAGGGCGCGGCGCGGACUGGGUUCAAGCGGCUGCUGGAGAGCACGUUCGAUGGUGGCGUCGGAGCUAUCCGCUCGCGAAGCGUCAGAGACCUGCCGUUGCCAAAUCCACGACUCAUCAGCGAGCGCAUGGUGAAGACCAUCUCGAAGGAACUGAACGGCUUCACGCUCUCCGUAAUGCAGUGGGGCCAGUUCAUCGACCACGACUUUAACCUCGCGCCUUUCUUCAGCAAUGGAGCCACUGAUCCCAUCACGUGCUGCGAGGAUGGUGGCCGCACGCUGCCGGCCACGCCCCUACACCUGCAGUGCAUCCCCUUCUCCAUCCCGGCCGACGACCCGUUCUACAGCCAAUUCGGCCAGCGCUGCAUGAGCAUGACGCGAUCAAUACCGGCGCCGCCCCUGGACUGCAUCGCGCGCCCUACCACGCCCCUGAACGCCAUCACCUCGCACCUGGACGCGUCCAAUAUCUACGGCAGCGACCAUGAGGAGCAGAGUGAGCUGCGCGCCCACCGCGACGGCCUGCUGCUCACCUCCGACAACAACCUGUUGCCGCUGGCGACCAGCCCGGAAAUGGGCGCGUGCACGAAAAUGCCACUGUCUGCUUCCGUGCCGGGUGACGAGCGGGUCAACGAGCAGAGCGCACUGACCGUCAUGCACACCAUCUUCAUGCGCGAGCACAACCGCGUGGCAGGCGCGCUGAAGCAGAACCACCGCGACUGGGACGACGAGAAGCUGUUCCAGGAGGCGCGGCGGAUCGUGGUCGCCGAGUGGCAGCACAUCGUCUACAACGAGUGGUUGCCGAUCAUCGUCGGGUUCGACUACGCCAGGGAUCAUGACCUGCUGCCAAUGACGUCCGGCUUCUCCACAUUCUAUGACGUGCACGUGAACCCCACCGCAUCCAACGAGUUUGCCACCGCCGCCUUCCGCUUUGGUCACUCAUUGCUGCGCGACUUGUACCACCUGAUCAACGCCGACGGCAAAAUCGUCCAAUCUAUUAAUCUCACCAGUACCUUCUUCGAUCCGGAUGUCAUAACGCGAAGAUUCGUUGAGCACGCGCGGACCUUGGUCGCUACACGAUGCGAGGCAUUCGACACCAACAUCAUCAGCAGCGUUCACCAGAAGCUGUUCAUGAACAAUGAGCUAUUCGGCCUUGACCUGAUUGCGAUCAACAUCCAGCGAGGACGUGAUCACGGCAUCCCCACGUACACGACCAUGCUGAAGGCCUGCACCGGCUUCAUCGUCUCCAGCUGGGGCGAUCCUCAUGGUCUGAUUGACUCCGGGACAAUCGACCAGCUGCGCUCCCUCUACGAUGAUCCUGGAGACGUGGACCUCUUCAUCGGUGGUCUGGCUGAACGGCAAGCCCCUGGCGCCCAGGUGGGGCCCACCUUCCAGUGCCUGAUCGGGCAGCAGUUCUACGACGUGCGCUUUGGAGACCGCUUCUUCUACGACAACGGCGGCUUCCAGCACAGCUUCACAGCCGCCCAGUUGAAGGAGAUCAGAAAGAGCAGUUGGGCGCGCAUCAUGUGCGACACGCUCGGUCCAGAGUUCGGAAACGACUUCACGCGAGUGCAGCCGCUGGCGUUUGUCGAGUUUUCGGUGGGCGCGAACGGCAUCACGUCCUGCGGCUCGCAGGCCAUUCCCAGCCUGAACCUGGCGGUGUUCGAAUGAAGACAUGGCUAGCGAACCGCUUGCAUGAAGGAGUCUCGCCCAGCCCUGCUGUCCGAUCCUGAAUCGUGAACCGGAUCGCGCGUACGUUACCUCGGGUCGUGUUUGGAUGCGAUGUCGCAAGGCCGUGCGCCAGACGUCAUCACGGCGGCGGACAUCUCACUAAGAUGUCGCUGGCAUGCCUGGCACCUCUGAUAAUGAAUACAAGAUGCA